GUACACUAGGUAGCUAGGUAGGUACCUAUUCGGCAAAGUAUUCGAUUCUUGAUUUUGGACUGUAAUUCUUUGAUUUGUGAAAAAGAAUAAUAAAUUCUUUGAAAUUAUAAUUAAUAAUAUUUUUAUCAAAUUGAUUGACCACUUUCAGUAUUUAAAAAUCUUUUGCUUGAGAACUAGGUACCUAUCUUAAGACGUUAUUUUAUUUUUUGCUUUGACAAAAGUAGUCGAAAUUAUUUAUUGUAGUUGUCGACCAAGAUGUGUUGGCAAAACAAUAAAAUAGUAUUUCUCAGUUUCGGGGUACUGUGAUGUCCGCAGUGCAGUGAAAGUUUAACCAGAGUGAGAACCUCCCGCCCCCUUCCUGCCUGUGUCCCGCAACUCAACAAGACACACACACACACAUUCUAUAGCAACCGGAGCUGAUACCUGCCACCGGACUAUUGAAAGGCCUGCGCGGGGACAGCCGGGCGGCAUGUGGCGGGCGCCGCGCGCGCGGCUGCUGGCGGCGCUGGGCGCGGGCGCGCUGCUGUGGCUGUGGCUGUGGUGCGGCGCGGGCGGCGGCGGCGCGGGGCGCGGCGCGGGGGAGGCGGGGCGCGUGGCGGGGCGCGAACUGCCGCUCAUCUUCAUCGGCGGCGUGCCGCGCUCGGGCACCACGCUGAUGCGCGCCAUGCUGGACGCGCACCCCGACGUGCGCUGCGGGCAGGAGACGCGCGUGGUGCCGCGCAUCCUGCAGAUGCACCAGCACUGGAUGCGCUCGCAGAAGGAGAGCGUGCGGCUGGAGGCGGCCGGCGUGAGCAAGGCCGUGCUGGACAACGCCAUCGCCGCCUUCUGCCUCGAGGUGAUCGUGCGCCACGGCGAGCCCGCGCCGCGCCUGUGCAACAAGGACCCGCUCGUGCUCAAGAUGGGCACGUACGUGCUGGAGCUGUUCCCCAACGCCAAGUUCGUGUUCAUGGUGCGCGACGGGCGCGCCACGGUGCACUCCAUCAUCUCGCGCAAGGUGACCAUCACGGGCUUCGACCUGUCGUCGUACCGCCAGUGCCUGGGCAAGUGGAACCACGCCGUGGAGCUGAUGCUGGCGCAGUGCCGCGCGCUGGGCGCCGCGCGCUGCCUGCUGGUGCGCUACGAGGCGCUGGUGCUGGCGCCGGAGCGCACGCUGCGGCGCGUGCUGCGCUUCCUGGCGCUGCCGUGGAGCGCCGCCGUGCUGCACCACGAGCGCUACAUCAACGCGCCGCACGGCGUGGCGCUGAGCGAUGUGGAGCGCUCCAGCGACCAGGUGGUGCGGCCCGUCAACCUGGACGCGCUGGACAAGUGGGUGGGGCGGCUGCCGGCCGACGUGCGCGCCGACAUGGCGGAGCUGGCGCCCAUGCUGUCGGUGCUGGGCUACGACCCGUGGGCCAACCCGCCCGACUACCGCGCGCUGCCCGACGCCGCGCCCGCCAACGCCACGCCGCACGACGAAUCUCGCCCGCCAUAAUAUAAACGUUUUAUCCUCU